AUGGUGAACCCUGAGCUUCCUGCAGAGGUUACUGAUUUAUUAGCCAGCCCGGUUGAGUUAAUUAAAUGGCUUGAACAACAAGAUGCGGAACUGGGAAGAAGAUAUGCAAUCCUCCUCUUUGAGCAACUUCUCCAGGAUGCGGCUCAGCCUAAAUCAGUGUCCGGGCAGGCCUGUCUGAGACUUUGUGGACUUGUCGAGCAGUCUUCCGGGUCCAAGUCUGAUAGUCUACGGAUAUGGGCCUUCUCACAAGACGUGACGCUGAAGCUGUUCAACUUUUACAUUGAGUGGAAUGAGUCGGACACCCAUAGGUCCAUGAAACUGGUGCUCGACCUCGUUGCUCGGUGCAUUCUCAAGAGCCCAGAUCGAGAUGCCGCAUUGGAGACCAAGAGACAUAUUUUGGAUAAUCUCGUUUCGAUAGUCAUUGGUCGCUCCACUAAACCUGUUGCAAAGUCUGCGAUUAAGACGCUGGAUCAUUUCCUGUCCAAAGGAGUAUUUAACCUGUGCGACAUUCGCCCGGCCUAUGUGGCAUAUCGGACAGAUCUACAAACACAAAAUGAAGUGAAAGUAUGGCGAACCUUGACUGCGGAACUAUUUCACUGGAUGCGGCUGCAGUUCGUUCGUCCCACCGCGGGCAAGUUGAUUGUCUCUCUAUACCGUCUCUGGAGACAAAGGAGUGAUGCAGGGGCAACUCUUAGCAUCGAAACAUGGCAUCAAUGGCUGCUUGAUUUUUUGGCUGAGGAACCGACGCUUCUGGAUUCUAUCAAGAAUUAUAUCUUUUUACCUUUGUUCAAAGCUGACAGGACAGAAGCCCUGGCGUUCCUUGGACGUAUGAAUGAGGACCAGGCAGUCUCUGGAGCGAGUGGGAUGAGCCUGGAUGUUCCUGCGCUGCUUCAAUUGGCGGCACUGGAGACUGGGAAGAAAGUUGGCCUCGUUGAGGAACCCGCCCUCGGCGGCUCCAACGACCAUGCAGAGCACAAAUCGUCUAUAACGCUUCACGAAACGGUUUUGGAGAGCGUGUUGGCGCAUCCCUCUCAUGAAGUUCGGUGUCUGGCAUUAUCCUUACUUGUUACAUCACCUUCCACUACACGACCUUACUCCCCCGUGGCUUUUGAUCUCCUGAGAAGGUACCUGGGGGCCUUCUUUGCCGAUCCAGAUGCCAAGUUCAGAGUUGAUGUCGCGUCCAAGACUCGCGACAUGUUCAGGAGAGUUCGUGGUGCUAUUCACGUGCUGAAGCGUAGUAUACCACGAGCGCGAGCCAAGGCGCAGAAAGCGGACGCUCCUCUUCCAUUUGGCAAGGACGCCGCGUCGCAGCCUAUGCUAUACCAAUCAAACCUGAUAUCCUUACCCGAGGUUCAAUUAACCAACUGUCUUGGCUACCACGUCGAGUUUCUUCAUUGGUACCUUGGGUUUCUCUGCCAGGAACUAAGCCCAACAGCCUCGUACCAGAGACACAUUGCAGCGCUAAAGGCAUUCAUGUACAUAAUACGCUUGGAAGGGCAUGCGAGUAAAAAUUGGGAGACGGCUGACGACCAGGAACUCUUCUUCAAUUGUCUGGAUGCCAAGUGGGCGCGAGCGUUGUUCGAUUUGGUCAUGAAUCCCUUCGAAGACGUCAGAGAUUUGUCGGCGACCGCUCUGGCGAGAUGCUACGCCGACGGUCGAUAUCGCCGACUUACUCUCACGGGAUUAGAAACCACAAAAGUACCCGUCCAGGAAGUCGCCGAAUUGUCGCAACGGGCUAGUGAACUUGCUCGUCGGACAGCCAGAGCCGAUCAUUCUGAUGGCGCCUCGAAAUCAUCGCAACUGCUUUACAGAUUUCUUGGCUCUGAUGACGAAAGAAUAAGGCUACUAGCAGCUAUGGCCAGUGAGUUGAAGCGCAAGGUUUCCAUGGCGGAGGAGGAUCUCGGACAAGCCGUCGUCGAUGCACCUCUUCACGGAGACUUUGCAUCACUAUGCCACACCUGGCAGGUUGUUUCUGACACCAAACUCUCCGAAUAUGAAUUGCGCGAGACGAACAACAUCCAGCUAGACAUUGUAUCGUGCUGUGAGCGGGCAUGGGGAGCAGUUCAAGAUGUUCUGUGCGAUGACUCUCCUGAAGGACAUUUACCCCAGGAACUCGAGGAGGUAGAUGGACUGGAUACCAAGGAUCUCUUGAGUUAUAGUUUCCGUGCUGUUCACGAGUCAAGUAAUCUGAUGCGCACCAUUAUCCUCUCAAUACGAAAUAGGUCCCGAGAUGGCCUGAUAGUCCCUUCAAAGGAGGUUUUCGAGCAAAUCGGGAACCUGACUUUUAGGCAACUAGCAAGUUUACGACAUAGAGGCGCAUUCACCACGGUUUCGGCUACUUUUGCCACUUGUUGCCAGCAGACGAAAUAUCUGCAAUUGGAAGAGGAUGAGAAACCUCUGUUGGAUAGUUGGUACGAGGGAACCCUAGACGCAAUCUACUCACAAGCAUCGACGACGCGCCGAUCCGCAGGGAUUCCAUCAAUCAUCACUGGAAUCCUGGCGGCUAACGCCCCUCGCCCUAGUUUCGCGCAAGUCAUGGACACGCUCAUGGCCAUUGCAGCCAAGGAAGCCAAGGUCUCGCAAGCCGAUGGAUCCAAGCUCCCUCAGGUUCACGCAUACAACUGCCUCAAAGACAUUUUCAAAAACUCCCUCAUUACGGCGCAGGGAAACAAGUCCGAGUCCUACUUGCCCCAGUGUCUGGAACUUGCGGCCAGCGGACUACGAUCCGGGGUAUGGGCCAUCCGGAACUGUGGCCUCAUAUUUCUGCGAAGCCUUAUUGACAACCUGUUCGGAACCCAUGAAAGCAAGGCUGUGAUUGAAGCUGGGUGGGACGGCAAGGCAAACCGGAUUCAUUACCACAGAUACCCCAACCUGCCUGGCGUGCUCAAAAACCUCCUUCAAUCUGGGCGCAGGAUCCUGUCUGAGCCGUCUGCUUCUGGCACCGUAGCUGCAGAGUCUGUAUUUCCUGCCCUCGACAUUAUCCGUAGAGCCGGGCCUCCUGAUCUGCUCCGGGACGAAAUUCAAGUUGAUGUGGCAGCAUAUUUGUCCAGCCCUGUGUGGCAUGUUCGCGACAUGGCAGCGCGUACGCUUUGCUCUUGUCUUCUGCAUGAAAAGUGGCUGGCGGUAAUCAGAGGCAUAUUCGAUGCCGCAAUGGCCAGCGAAUCGAGGAAUAAGCCCAACCAUGUUCACGGAAUAUUCCUGACUUUGAAGUUUGUCACCGAGAGGCUAAACGAAGUUGCUCAUGAACGACUGCUUGCUGAUCUUCCCGAGCUUCGCUCCUUUCUUAUCCGGACCAAGGUAGACACACUCUUCCCGGACUGUCCCGACAUCACCGCCACAUAUCUUGAAGUCGUGAACAUGAUUUGGUUCUUGGAAGCGACAAGCCGGCACCCACUCUCCUCAUUCAGUAUCACCAUGCCCAGAAUGAGAGGAUCUGUUUUGCUCAAAAUCCAAAAGGCCAUUUACGAUGUGUGCGCCCUAUCCACACUCGACGAUCCCAUGUCACAACUCCAGUCCCUUCUUCAAAGUCGAGAAAUCGGCCUCGGCGGGCUGGUCGCCGCUCUCGAAACCAUCCCCAAAGUAUGGGAUCCGUCGUCAUGUUCACAGGAUACUCUGGCCUCGUUAUCGCUUCUAUACGUCAACGUGUGUCUAGAAACCAACCACUCAGAAGCCCAAGUACUCGCCCUCGAAAGUCUAGCCGACAUCAUCGACAAGCUCCUCAAGAACAAGGGCUCCAACAAGAUCCCCAAAGCCGCCUUGGUCAAUUUAUGGCUGAGCCUACCCGCUCGUCCGAUGAGCCCGGCUCUGUCAAACGCGGCCAUAAGAGCGAGCGGCUCAAUAACCGCAGCUCUCAUCCACCCUGAGAAAUCUACACCCAUUAGCAUCCAUUCCUGGGGCCGCAUCAUGGCCGACGCCGCUCUAGACAACAAGACAUUCGACACUCGCUUCGCAGCCGCCUCAUCCCUCGCCUCCUUCUUCGCCGCCUCACGGCCGAGAGGUCCGGAAUUUCUCCCCGCUCUUCUCGCCCUCUACGACCUCCUGAACGACGACGACGACGAAGUCCGCGACAUGGCCUCCUUGGCCGCAAACUCCGUCAUCGGCGCCGCCCUGGUCCCUAUCGAAGCAGCGAACCGCCUUCUGCAACGCCUCACCAAGCAGUUCGGCGCCGCUCCCGAGUUCCGAGCAAUCGUGGCAGACCGUCUAGUCGGAUACUUUGGCGUGCAGGCUACGAAGCUGGAGAGUUGGGAGCCAGCAGCGGUCGAGCUGGCGCGGGCUCUUGAAUUCGAUGACUCGCUCUUCGUAGUGGAGGAGCACAAUCUGUUCAUCGACGAGGUGCGCGAGACGCAGCGGUGGGCCGAGGUCUUCGAGACACUCGAAUGGGAUGAAAAGGACGAGCACUUGGGCAAGCUGGUGCGCUGGGUCGAAGAAGGCGUUGCGCACGUGGGCAAACUUGCCGACCUGGAGGACGGGCCCUUGGGCUGGGCCUCGAAUCCGGCCGUGUUUGCCAUUUGCCAUCGUUUGAUCCGGUGCUCUGUGGCGCUGGGCAGGAAAGUCGAGCGCGCAGAACUGGAACAUGCCGUGGCGUCGGCAAAGGGGGCCCUGCGAUCGAGCAGCACGCGGGUAUCCAAGUUACUGACAGAAGCGUGGACAGACAUGCACAUCUAG